CCCGUACCGUUCCCUCAGUCGGUCGGCCGCCUGCGUCGCGAGCGGACGUAUCGCGUUCUACGAAUUCCUCUCUACACGUAAUCGUCGUAAUAACCAACAAAAAAUAAAAUAAACUGUGACUGGUCUGUGUUCACGUAACGUUCUCUCGUAAAGGGAAAUACGGCUUUAGCUAACUGGAUACACGUCGGUUUUACAACGUUUAUUGUUUUUAGUUGGCAAGUGCAAAAUGUGAUGUUAUGUGUGCUCAACGAGCGUACCGUCCUGUGUAACGUUGCCUCAAAGUGAACUACAUGGAUGUAAUGUGCUUUUAAAAUUGGAAACUCAUAAUCUACUCACUUCGCAACCGGAUUUUUUAUUUGAGGUACGUCCCGUUGCGACACUGUAUGCUGUACAUUUAGCUGGGAUGUCAGUAGACCUAUUAAGAGAAUAUUCCUGAUCUUUGCAGCAGAUUGAAAUGAGACGAAGAACAGAUCAACGGAUAUGCGAGAGUACACACUCCAGUCCAUACUGCAACGACACAUGUAAUCAAAUGCCAACGGUUAGAACAACGAAAAUGAGUUCGCCUACCAGUCAUAAACCAACGAUGUCGCCCCUCCGAGCUGGAAGACAGCUAGCUUCCUUCAUCACGUCCAAUGCCUUCCUGGUGCUGUUAAUUUCACUGGAGCUACUGGCAUCGCGAAGUGGAGCUGCUGCGCUGGCUAACUGCCCAGGCGGCUGUAACUGCAACGACGAGACCCUCGUCGUGGUGUGCGAAGAGAGCCGCCUCGACGUCCUCCCUAUCGCGCUGAACCCUUCAAUACAACGGUUGAUCAUCCGCAAUAAUAAGAUUAAGACUAUCGACAGUUCCAUGCAGUUCUAUGCGGAUCUACAGCAUCUAGACCUCUCUCAAAAUCACUUAGUUAACAUUCCAACGAAAAGUUUCGCAUAUCAACGCAAACUACAAGAGCUGCAUCUGAAUCAUAACAAGCUAUCUUCAGUAACAAACACAACUUUCCAAGGACUUAAUCAACUAACCGUUUUGAAUUUGAAACGGAACUUCUUGGAGGAAUUAACAAACGGAGUGUUCACUACUCUGCCACGUUUAGAAGAACUUAACUUAGGCCAAAACAGAAUAUCGAGGAUUGAGCCCAGAGCCUUCGCUGGAUUAUCGGCUCUGCGGAUCUUGUAUUUAGAUGACAAUCAGCUGAGCUCAGUGCCAACCACAUCGUUCAGCCUGUUGGGCAGUCUGGCAGAGCUGCAUGUGGGAUUGAACGCAUUUUCAUUCCUGCCUGAUGAUGCCUUCGCAGGUCUGAAUAGACUGACUGUGUUAGAUCUAAAUGGAGCUGGUCUCUCCAACAUUAGUGAAUAUGCGUUUAGAGGUCUUCCAGGACUAAGGAGUCUCAACCUUUUUGGAAAUAGACUCAUUACAGUCCCCACACUCCAACUGUCUGGCCUGACGAGAUUAGAGGAUUUGUAUAUCGGACAAAAUGAAUUCAUCUCUCUGGAAAGCCAUUCUUUCAAAGGCUUGAAAAAUCUGAAAUUACUAGACAUCACAGGCGCCACUCAGCUGGAAAGAAUUGAAAAAGGAGCGUUCGAAGAUAACAUCAAUUUGGAAACAAUUGUUCUUGCAAACAAUAAAAAGUUGGCAACCAUUGAAGAUUGCACACUAUUGGGCUUACCAAAAUUGAAGCAUGUUUCCCUGAGAGAUAACGCUAUUGUUACACUAAGCGAAACAGUGUUUAUUGGAAAAGAGUUGAAGCAGCUAGAUUUAACUGACAACCCUAUCUUCUGCGACUGUCAACUGUUGUGGCUGCAACAAUUACUGUAUGAUAAGAGCAAUUUCACACAAUUACACUGUGCGAGCCCCGAACAUCUGAAGGAUAAACCUCUAAGGAACUUGAAUGCUGAUGAUCUGGGCUGUGUCCUUCAUGACACGCGACAGCAAACAAUCAUCUGCAUCGUUGUAGUUGCCUGCGUAGCCACUAUUGCGACAUUAGUGUUAAUAUUGUAUAGAUAUCGCAAGAGCAUGCAGGAGAAACUCAAAGACUACAAGUGGAACAAGGGCCGUAAAAACCUCGAGUACCAUAAGCCCAUCUCCACUGAGGAAGACUGCAUAGUGCGCGGUAUCCACCCAUCGCAGUACCCCGCGCCCCCACACACUCCCGGCCUCAGGCCUAUUCCGGUAACGGAACUGUAGCUAGAGCUUUACGCCUCCCCGAGCGUUUUCUUCAUGUCAGGCGGCCAGGGCUCCGCCCGGAGGCCGCAGCGCUCGGGGGGCGGCGGCACGCUGCCCGCCAACGGUUUCACGUACAUUGGCGGUGACACGCGCCCGCAUCAGCCACUCACGCUAAAUAAUGGCGCACCAGCUCAUCAUCUCAACAAUGGCUCUUUGCGCUCAUUACCUGAUAAAAAGAAAAACCGCAACGGCGUCGUCUGCCACCCAGAGAACUUCCAGCGCAACCUCGACACGCGCUACUCGAGGAAGCAGGAGAACGGCUACAUGCGCAACUCUGAGACCAUCAUAGGUUUCCCGCGCAACGAGCGCGAGUACGAGCGCGAGCACAGCGAGUACAGCGAGCCCGAGUACUCCAUCAUCCCGGAGAGCGGGUACGGGCGCCCGCUGGACGAGUACCCGCGCGCCUGCUCGCACUCCAACACCUUCAACUGCUGAGUGCGCACUGAACUAUCUCAAUCGUUUGUGAUCUUGUAAUUCUAGCAAUAAAUCUUCAUUCCAUUAAGUUUUCUAUGGACGGAGUCAGUCGUGACGGACGUAGUGCUCUAGAGCGGUUAGUGACAUUAGAAAUUCGGGUCCGGUGUACGUUCGACCAGUGAGGACUAUCCUGUAUCGUAUUCGUUUUAAAGAGUACCUUAUUUGUAAAUUAUAAAUUUAAGUAGUGAUGGAUCUAUUUUUCAAUGGGAGGUCGGGGCUCGGGGCGUGUGUAAGUGAGACUUCCACACGAGACAACGGUACAAUGUACGGACUAGUCGCAGCAGAGGAGUGGGGGGGCGCCCUCCAAGGUGUACAUCAUAAAACAUUGUGAUUUGUAAUAUUUUCUACCAGUGCGGUGGAUUUUGUAUUUGAUUUUGUACAAAAAACCAUUCCAUAUGAUAUCUUUUUAAUGUCUAAUAUUUUAUUUAUAAAUGAAUAAAGUAAGUGUGCGUUAAAUAAGACACCAAUAUGAAAAAUAUUAGGAUUAAAGAAUGUAAAUAUAUUUAUACUAUAUUGAGAUAUUUAUAAAAUUUAAUACAAUCUUGUUCUUCUAAAAUUAUCAUAAAAUUAUUUCGGGAUAUUGUAUAAUUUGCUAUAAUGACUGAUAUCCUAAUUACGAGAUUUCUUAUGUCUGUCACUACCUACCUAUACUUACCUACUUACACUACCUUUCUAGUCGUGUAAGGACGAACGCACCCAUUAUUUCUAAUAUGAACACUUCGAUCACUUUUAUGCUCAAUCCUAAUAUUGUAUCUAAUAAUUUAUUAAGAUUGAAGUAAACGAAGAAACGAUGUCUUAUUGCUGUCAUUGUUAAUUAAUUCAUUAUUUUGUUACCUAUUUUCUUUAAGUCCAUGCUACGAAUGUCGAGUGAUCUAUUCAGAAAUGUGUUAGGUACUAAAUGCUGAAGGCAUUUACUGAUAGCUUCUCAGUUACUGAUACGAUGCAUACCAAUUAAGUUAGCCAGUAUUAAUUAGUUUAAUUGCAAUCAUGUUUAAGCAUUGCCUCAUUAUCCCGAUUCCUCCAAUUGAGGAAAAUGUUAAGUACCGAAAUGAGAGAUAACGGAGGCUUUAGUAGUUAAACUAAUUUUUACUCAACUACUUACGACUUAUUAAUAAAUUAGGACUGCCAUAAAAUGUUUUGCAAUAUUUACUUUUCUAAAUAGAUCACCGACAUUUACAAUAACGUGCCUGUGACGAAUUCUCGUCGAUGUUACAAUAAUGAAAAUAUGUCUUUGUAUGUAAACUUAUUCUUUUCUUCAUUUUACUCAAAUGUUCUUGCCAUAUUCCAAUAAGACAUAAUGGUAAUAUAGAAUAGGUAUUUGAUACAUUUUUAUUUUGUAGAUAAUAUUUUAAUAUCUCUGUAAUUAAAUUAAAUAAAAUAUAGAUUUAAAAAAAAGCGCGCCAAAUACAUAGCAGCUGUAAAGUCAUGAUAAAAUGUGACGUUUAAGGUUUGAAAUAAGAACAAUCUUUUUUUUUUAAAGAAAAAAAAAGUGUAAUUGAAUCGCUAGAUACCUUCAUAGUGCCAUUUGUGUGUCUUUUUGGAUUAUGGCCGUUUUAUACUCCAGUUUUUAUAUUCCCAAAACGAACAUACUUACCUGAAUUUUGGUGUUAUUGAGUUAUUGUAAAUAUGGAGAAAUUAAAGACUAAGCAAUUUGGGCAUGUGUUAGUGCCUAGUGAAUGCCUAAAAAUGUAUACAAGAAAAAUGAUGAAUACAUAUGAAAACAUUGUGAUUAGAGUACUCACGACAUUGUAAUAGAAAUCAUCAGUCAUUUCUGUACUUUAUUGUAGUUAUUACCUACAUACAAACUCGAUAAAUAUAACAUACCUCAAAUUUAA